AUGGUAAUUAAAGACUCUAGGACAACUGAUCCAUGUUGUUACAAUAUUUCAAAUACAUCUGAAAUUGCAGCUAUUAUAGUAGAUAAUAAAAGUGAUGAGACUAUUAUAUACAAUUAUGAUAUUGUACUUCAUUCAUGUGAAGAUGGGUGGCAUCUGAAUAUUCUUUUUCAUAGUAAGAUGCAAGAGUCUUUUUUAUAUAAUAAUAUAGAUAUUAAAAAGUCACAGGAUUUAGAUGAAGUUAGUAAUAGUAAUAAUCAAAAACAUGUUUCUAUGAUGCAGUAUUAUGCUUAUCAGCUUCAAGAAUUAUUUUAUUAUAAAUUGUAUAAUGAAAAGCCUAAUAUUAUAAGACUUCAGGUUCAUCUUCCUGGACAGCCUAUUGUAACUUUUCAGGAUAAUAAAUGUUUAGACAAAGUAAUAGAAUAUGGAGCCAUCACCAAAACUAUAUUAACUGCAUGGUUUAAAGCUAGCCAAAAGUUUUCAGAAGCAUAUCAACUUACUUAUAGUGAUUUUUCUACCCAUUGGUCUACAAGACCUAAAUUACUUUGGGAAAAGCAUAUUUUAGCUUUAAGCAAUAAUAUUAUUGAAGCCUAUAAUAAUACAGACCAGCACAAUAAAGUACUAAAGCACUUGGAAUCUAUUCUACUUAAGCAUGAAAUGAGGCUUAAAAAUUUUCCAAACAUGCCAAUUUCAAUAUUGUUAUCUGAGAAACUAUUUCAACAAAACUAUUUAAUUAUAGAGGAGCUUCAAUAUGAUAUUGAACUUCUUUAG